AUGGGCAACGCCGAGUGCUCGGUGCAGCUGGCCCAGAAGUGCGACCUGGCCAGGGACGGGCUCGCCUCCGGCGCGGCCUCGGCCCAGAACGCCCUCGCCGCCUCGUCCUACUCGGCGUGCCACGCGUGCCGGAGCACGACCGGCCUGAGCGACAAGGAGUGUGCGGACGUCCUGCUCGUCAACGCGGCCGUGCGCGGGGACGUGGAGGACCUGCAGCGGGCCUUGGAGCUGGGGGCCUCGGUGGACACCACGGCGGAGCUGACGCUGACGAUGGGAGACCUGAGCAAGGGCGUCCGGCCCGCCCCCACGCACGUCACGCCGCUGAUGCGGGCCGCGGAGCUGGGGCACGCGGGUGCCGUCGAGCGGCUGCUGCGGUCCAAGGCCACGGCCCACCAGUGCGACAGCAAGGGGUGGAACGCGCUCUGCUACGCCCUGGGCUCGGGCCAGAUCUGCACCGCCAGGAUGCUGGCCGAGGCGUCCCCGACGGCGCGCGCCGGGAUGCCGGCCAGCGUCCUGGCGGAGGUGCUGCACAGGUGCCGGAGGGAAGCUGGCGCCACCCGCGCCGCAGAGCUGGAGCGCGAGCUCGCCCCGGGCGGGUCGCUGGCCGCGCCGGCGCCGGAGCAGCGGUCGCAGGCGAGGCAGAGCUCACCGGCGCGGCAGGGGGCGGCCGCGCCCCAGCAGCGGGCGCCGGUGAAGCCGAAGGAGGCAGCCCUGGCCCCGCUGCCCGCGGGCUGA